CCGCAGACCUAGGAAGAUGCGGAAAGAGGCGACUGGCCCCGCCCUCGGUGCCUACCCUUUGGGGGCCGGCCUUUCGCGGCAGAGCGAGCGGCCGCCUCAGGUAGUCUCCUCAGACUCCCGGUCUCCCUGCCAACCACGAGGAGCGAAGAGGAGCAAAGCGGAGCCUGGGAGCCUCUAACCCACGCCUCCUUUCGACGCGAAACCUCCUCGGCAGGGAUGGGCGUCAGGCUCGGGCGGCCCUUCCCGGUGCUCCUCCUGGCCGCGCUGUCCCCGGGGCUCCUACUGGGGGCGGCCGGCUUCACGCCCUCCUUGGACAGCGACUUCACGUUCACGCUUCCGGCCGGCCAGAAGGAGUGUUUCUACCAGCCCAUGCCCCUGAAGGCCUCGCUGGAGAUCGAGUACCAGGUUUUAGAUGGAGCAGGAUUAGAUAUUGAUUUCCAUCUUGCCUCUCCAGAAGGAAGAACCUUAGUUUUUGAACAAAGAAAAUCAGAUGGCGUUCAUACGAUAGAGACUGAAGUUGGUGAUUACAUGUUCUGUUUUGAUAAUACAUUCAGCACCAUUUCUGAGAAGGUGAUUUUCUUUGAAUUAAUCCUGGAUAAUAUGGGAGAACAGGGGCAAGACCAAGAGGAUUGGAAGAAAUAUAUUACUGGCACAGAUAUGUUGGAGAUGAAACUGGAAGACAUCCUGGAUUCCAUCAGCAGUAUCAAGUCCAGACUAAGCAAAAGUGGUCAUAUCCAAACUUUGCUUAGAGCAUUUGAAGCUCGUGAUCGGAACAUACAAGAAAGCAACUUUGAUAGAGUCAAUUUCUGGUCUAUGGUUAAUUUAGUGGUCAUGGUGUUGGUGUCCGCUAUUCAGGUUUAUAUGCUGAAGAGUCUAUUUGAAGAUAAGAGGAAAAGUAGAACUUAAAUCUCCAAACUAGAGUAUUAAAGUUGAGAGACAAAAAAAUGCAAUAAGCUGUUACAGACAAGACCAUUAAUCUUUUCCAAAAUGUUUUCAGGCAUUACUGUUUAAAACAAUUUUAAUUUUAAUGUGAAAGAAAAAUCUUUACUUUUGUCUGUGCAAAUACUCUUGUUGCUCCAUUUGUACUUAAGAGUAUAACAAAUAUUUUGCAAAGUAUACACACAUUGAAUGUAUCCUUAUUAAUAACCACACUUUCCUAAGUUUGAAAAAUAAUUUGCAAGUGCCAUGGGCCUAAUGCAACAGCAAACUACAUUCUUUAAGAUUGUCUUUCCUAGAAGUUUCUUUAUAAAUGCAGUAUUACAAAUUAAUUGUACAAGUUUUCAAUAUAUUAAAUUAGAAAUUAUCUGAGAAUUACCUAACUAUGGGUUUUAUAUGUAUCUUUAGCAGACAAAGACUGAACUUUUCUCUUUUUACACUUGCACCUCUAACAUUAGGAGCAUAGCUAUGAAAAAUAGAUUAGUGAGAUUUUAUAAACAAAUGUUUCAACAUAAAAUACUAGCAAAAAGUAUUAGUUUUAUAUAUUUUUAGCCUACAUCCCCAAGAGCUGACAUUUUGAUAAUUCUUAAAAAUGCAAAGUCAUACUUCUUAAAAUUAGGAAAAAUGGGUAAAGAUUGCUCAAUCUCUGUAGCGAUAACAUUCUAAUUCUCAACUGAAGUGUAAUGUGUUAAACUUAAAUAUAAGGAAAAUUUAGGAUAAUACAUUAUUACCAGGAGUUGUGAAGGAAAUAUUGCUAAAAGAUCUAGGCCUAACAUAAAUAUCUCCUUUUCUCAAUUAUAAAAAUCAGUGAAAAAGAAUUUAGGUCAACUCGGAAAUAUCUGAUUAAAAUAUAGUUCACUUAAACUACAUGUCUAAAAUAUGUUUGGCUUAUCAUUGAUAACCAAUCCUAAUAUAAACCAUGAGGUAAUUUCCAAUUAAAGUUGUGGUUUUUAUUUUUUACAAUUGUUUUCAAUUAUCUUUUAUAUAUAUUCAGGUACAUCAUAAGACCUAUUCUAAGGUUAAGCACCAACUAUUACAAUCUUAUCGUAAGUUCUUAAAAUGACCUUUCUGAUGACUUCAUUUAUUGGCAUUCAAGUAAAGACUGAAAAUCACCCACUGAAUUCCAAGUUAUGAACACUUAAUAAUUAAGUCUGUAAUUUAUUGCAGUCGUUGGAUUCUUGAUUCAAGUACUAGUAAUUUAGUUAUAUCAAAAAUAGAAUUUUUAAGUUACACCAUUUGUAACAGGUGAGUUAUAAACAAUCAACUUACACAUUUGAGUAUAGAAGCUCUCUUAGGUUAGUUAUUACUGGUAUUACUACUAAGCACUAAUCCAGAGAGAAUGGUUUCAUUUAUACUCAAAAUGGUAAAAAAAAAAAAAGAUUUCUCCUUAUGCCUGUUGGAGAAGAACAGUAUAAUCAAAACUACUCUGAAACCUUUAAAAAUGAAAUAAAUGCCAUUUAUAAUCAAGUACCUUAAUUGGCCAAGAAAAUGAUUUCCAUGUCUAGGAGUAGCCCCUGUAGCACAUACAAACAAAAGGUCAGUAAGAUCACUGCCUAUUCCUCUUACUCCCUAUCCCCUCUUGUGUUAAACUCAAAGAGAAGCAAACUCAUAGUACAUAAGUAAUAAGAUUACAGAUAUAAACUACUGCACCUUUUCUAUAAAACUGUGAUUAAGAAUUCUACCUCUUAUGUACGGCUGGUUAUUUGUACUGUACUCGGAUUCCUUUCCUCACACUGAAUUUUUUGUAUUUACAUACAUAAUUUGUGCCACUGAUUUAAAACCUACGAUGCAGUAACUUCUUAUAUAAUGACCUUAUUUGGAAAAAGAAUUUAGGAGUAUUAAGGACAAUUUUAUUUUUAUAGCCACAAAGUGAGAUUAUUUAAAAAGCAGGUGUUACCUGUAUUAACCAAAAAAGUAAAAUUUGUUAAUAUUUAAUAUUCUGUAAUAUUUCUAAAGGCAUGUUUACCUGUCUUUUUUUUUAAAUGUCAGUAUUCAAUUUCAAACUUAAAAUUAUGAUAAAACUUGAGUAAACUCACUUAACAGCUGAUUUUUAAUUAUAUAAACUUAUAGUACUGUAAUUUAAGGCCUAGAGUUUUACUCUGAUUUGCAAUUAUAUCAUCAAUGUUGUUAUUCAUGUGACUAUCAAGACAUGGUGGGUAAUAAGUUGUUAAAAAGCACUGAAUUACAAAUUUACCUGUAAUUUUGUUAUCUAUCCCUAAGCAUUGUCAUUAUGUUGUAAAGUUGACAAAAAUUGAAUACCUAUAAUUUGUAUAAUUGUAUGCCUACCCAAACAAAAAUUCUUUAUCUGAAAGCUUAAAACAAAUUGAUUUAGCAUGUAAUGGUUUUUUAUCUGAAAUGUAACAUACUGUCGCUCAAACUGCUUUUAUACUGUGGACAGCCAUAUUAAAUGAGUAAUGAAUACUGAGCUUAGUAUAUAUAAUAAAAAUUACAAUCAAAAAUUUACUGAUCCUUAAAGACUCAUUGUUCUUUAGCCAAGUGUAUGUUCCCAUCUGAAAUUCCAUACUUCUCUGCACUUACAUUGUGCCUUGCAUUUGUUUGUGUAUUCACAUUGCCUAAACAUGCAUUGUACUUUAAUGGUGAUCAAAAUACAGACACAAAGAUCAUCAGUUCUGAAAAUAAACACAAGGAGCUUGUCCUACUUCUCUACGCCUGAUU